AUGAUCAUUCUCAUCAUCCUGGGGAACAUCUUCAACAUCUGUGUCCUUCUCUACAACAGUAAUCUGAGGAACGUCACUGGAAGCUUUAUGGUGGCCCUGUCGUGUGCCGAUCUUGGUCUGGGUCUAUUCGGCCUACCCUUCAUGGUGAGACCGGCUAUGGAGGGGAGGUGGGUGUACAGCAAGGCCAGCUGUGACUUCUGUGGAUUCAUCAGCACAACUCUGAUUAUAACAUCAGUGUUGCUUCUAUUUGACCUGAGUGUGGACAGGUACAUCUGGAUAGCCAAGCCAGUCAAGCACUACAAAAUCAUGACAGAGAAGAGGUGUGGAGUCAUGAUUGGUUCGUCGUGGGUGGUAGCGGCCGUGUAUUCUGCAACGCCCUUCUUCGGGUGGGGCUCGUUUGUCUACAACUACAAGAUGUGCACGUGCACGCUGGGAAUCUUCACGGACAUUUACUUCGGAAGCGUCUUCUUUGUCAUCUCUCUACCCCCGAUAUUUGUCAUGUGUUUCCUGAAUCUAAUGAUACUCCGAAUAGCGAGAAAACAGUCUCGGACUAUACGGCAUUCUAACCAGGUACCUAGGACAUUCCCUGUGACGUCAUUCAAACCCGCAAUGACUGUCGGGAUAGUUGUGAUAACAUGUGUGGUCUCACUACUACCUUUAAUUUGCUCUUACACUUACUCGAUGUUUACAGAAUAUGACCUGCCAGCUGACUUGGUUUUUGCAUUUACAUUUUUGUUGAUAUCAAAUAGCUUCUGGAACUGUAUCAUAUACUCUUCAACUAACGCCAGCUUUAGACAAGGGGCAAAGAAGUUCGUUCUAAGGCCGUCACAAGAGGCGUAG